AUGGUCCUUUCGACUCACGCCUGCAUCGUUGUGGCGCUUUCGGUGCUGGCAGCAGUACAAACCCUCGCCCAAACAUGCACCGUACUAGUUGAUGUCGACUUGGUUGGCAACGACAUUGCUGCCACCGACCAAACGGAUCCAGGGCAGUGUUGCAGUGACUGCAAAGCCACCAAGGGGUGCAAGGCGUUCAACUGGUUCGACGGCGUGUGCUACCUAAAGUCGGCCAAAGGAGAAGUCAUCCCGUUGCCCGGAGGGAAGGAACUCGGGAGGGCUGCAAUCGAAACGAGCCCCAACGCCAAAGCCAAAAGCGACCACUACGUCCAAGCCUACCCCCAAACCCACUCGAACUUCAACUCCGGUCACUACCCCCAAGCCUUCUCCAGCCCGUACACCAGCCCGUACACCAGCCACUACUCCUGCGUCUACUGCCAAGCCAACGCCGGCACCCACCUCUGA